CCAAAGUUUAAAGACAGCCACUAGUAUUUCAACUUCUGCUCUCCAGGCACACAAACACAGGGCAACUUGAACCAGGUUACUCUCUUCAGCUUCAUCUUUGCAAAUUAACCCAUAUUUCGUGGGCGAACAACUGUUCGGUGCCGUAGUACUUCAUUGUUACCAACACCCCUUCAGUCCGAGGAGCUUCGUCGCGACACAGCUGUUUUGCGACCUCAAUAACCGCGAUCCAGCACUAUGGCACAGAUACGGGGAACAGCAGGUUACAACCUGGGCGGCCAGCAGUUUGGAGGACCAAGCAGGACUGAGGCCAGCGACCCGAGCCCAUUGGACGCGAUCAGACAGCAAACAAGCAAGAUUGAGGAUGUUCUGGACACCUUGAGUGAGCCGUUGAAGCCAUAUUUACCAGCUAUUGGCCGAUUCUUGAUUGUCGUUACGUUCCUUGAGGACGCGCUGAGAAUAAUCACACAAUGGAGUGAUCAGCUGUCAUACCUCCGCGAUUAUCGCCACAUUCCUACCGGCCUCAACCACAUCUUCCUCAUAGUCAAUGUCAUUGCCAUGACCUCAUGCUCGGUGCUAGUUAUUGCCCGGAAACAGUCGGACUACGCGGUUGGAGGUCUCAUUGGCGUCGUUGUCACUCAAGCUCUCGGUUACGGUCUCAUCUUUGACCUCAACUUCUUCCUCCGCAAUCUGUCUGUCAUGGGAGGUCUUCUCAUGGUCCUCUCUGAUUCGUGGGUUCGCAAGACAAAGGCGUUCGCUGGGCUACCGGAAAUCGAUGAAAAGGAUCGCAAGAUGUACUUCCAGCUUGCUGGGAGAGUUCUCUUGAUCUUCUUGUUCGUCGGCUUUGUCUUCAGUGGCACCUGGAGCUUCUGGCGCGUGCUUGUCGCGGCGCUCGGCUUCGUAGCAUGCGUGAUGGUUGUGGUGGGUUUCAAGGCGAAGUUCAGCGCGACCAUGCUCGUGGUUAUCCUGAGCAUCUUCAACCUUUUGGUCAACAACUUUUGGACUCUCCACGAGGCGCACCCCCACAAGGACUUCGCGAAGUACGACUUCUUUCAAAUUCUCUCGAUUGUUGGCGGUCUCCUCCUGUUGGUGAACAGCGGACCCGGAAAGUACAGCAUCGAUGAGAAGAAGAAGGUUUACUAAGUUCAUUAUACGGAGGCGCAAGGUGCCUGAAUCUCGAAAUCACGAUUGGAAAAAAGGCCGGCGAGGGUCUGCAUUAUGAGGAGUUAUCUUGGCAAGAAAUAUCAGAGCUGAUUUACGGCUGAGACAGCAGCUCAUACAUAGGGUGGCAGAAAGAAGAAAUUGCCACAGUGAAUCCCGCGCGUGUGUUGUGUUUUCCACAGCAUUUAUGUUUGCUUUGGUACUGGCUUCAGAGUAAACCACCGAAUUGCCAGGGCCCAUGAGUGGUACAUGAUUUCGGAAUACCUCGUAUGCGGGUUGAAUUUGAGGCGACUAUUAGCUAUGUGUCGUCUUUAUAGAUUUUUUCUCAGCUCAUUAUUUAGAAUCGACAGGUUGAAACGAUCCAAUAGUAAAAAGUCGUUAUGCGACGAAUACAGUUGUAAAUACGUUUUAAGAAACCUCUUCACAG